UUUAACACACGGCGAAAAACUCAAAGUGAUUUCCAGAAGAUGGCGACCGCACUGGUGGCGUCAAAUUCCGUUCCUGCAAAUGGUGAAACUGAGAAAUGUGAAACAGCUGUUCAGAAGGUUGUGAAUCCUGAAACGUACAUCAAACAUCCACUACAAAACAGGUGGGCUCUUUGGUUUUUCAAGAAUGACAAAAGCAAAACGUGGCAAGCCAACCUUCGUCUCAUCUCCAAAUUUGACACUGUGGAGGACUUCUGGGCAUUAUACAAUCACAUUCAGCUGUCAAGUAACUUGAUGUCUGGCUGCGACUACUCUUUAUUUAAGGAUGGCAUUGAGCCCAUGUGGGAAGAUGAAAGGAACCGGCGAGGCGGCCGCUGGCUGAUAACUCUGUCCAAGCAGCAACGUAAAGCAGACCUGGAUCGGUUCUGGUUGGAGACGCUCCUGUGUCUUGUUGGAGAAGCUUUUGACGACUACAGUGACGAUGUUUGUGGAGCUGUCAUUAAUGUUAGAGCCAAAGGUGAUAAGAUGGCUAUAUGGACUACAGACUAUGAAAAUAAAGAGGCCAUCACACACAUAGGGCGUGUGUAUAAAGAGAGGCUAGGCGUUCCAUCAAAAGUGAUCAUUGGUUACCAGUCACAUGCAGACACGGCCACAAAGAGUGGCUCAACAACCAAGAACAAGUUUGUUGCCUGAGGAUCCAAGGAUUAUCAACC